UGCUCGCGCACAACCGCGAGGUCUUGACAGCAGCACGAGCGAUGCUAGUCGAGGGCUGCGAAGGAACAGACUAAACAGAAACACUUCGGCCGGGUAUCGUCUUGUUUCAGCAGCGUGAACAGCAACACAGCACAGUGAGCAUGUCGGUGCUAGCUCUACAAGAGUAUGAGUUCGAGAGACAGUUUAACGAGGACGAAGCCAUCCGAUGGAUGCAGGAGAACUGGAAGAAGUCUUUUCUCUUCUCUGCACUCUACGCUGCCUGUAUCCUCGGGGGCCGCCAUGUCAUGAAGCAGAGGGAGAAGUUUGAGUUGAGGAAACCGCUGGUGCUAUGGUCCCUCACGCUUGCUGUAUUCAGUAUAUUUGGUGCCAUCCGUACUGGGAGUUACAUGAUGUACAUCUUGAUGACAAAAGGGCUUAAACAGUCAGUUUGUGACCAGAGCUUUUACAACGGGCCUGUCAGCAAGUUCUGGGCAUAUGCCUUUGUACUUAGUAAAGCACCAGAAUUGGGUGACACUCUCUUCAUUGUCCUGAGGAAACAGAAGCUCAUCUUCCUCCACUGGUACCACCACAUCACCGUGCUGCUCUACUCCUGGUACUCCUACAAAGACAUGGUGGCCGGCGGCGGAUGGUUCAUGACUAUGAACUACUUAGUCCAUGCCGUCAUGUACUCUUACUACGCCUUGCGGGCAGCCGGCUUCAAGCUGUCGCGCAAGUUUGCCAUGUUCAUUACACUGACCCAGAUCACCCAGAUGCUGAUGGGCUGUGUGGUCAACUACCUGGUGUACUCGUGGAUGCAGCAGGGCCAGGAGUGUCCAUCCCACAUGCAGAACAUUGUGUGGUCCUCACUCAUGUAUCUCAGCUACUUUGUGCUCUUUGUCCAGUUCUUCUUCGAGGCCUACAUUGGAAAGUCCAAAUCGGCUAUGGCUAUCACAAAGAAGAGCGAGUAAGAAAAUGCCAUAAGUAUGGGAAGAAGGGAGAUAAUGAAGAAAAAGGGAGUUGGAAAUGGUGAGCAGGGACCAGUGACUUGAGAGGGAGAGAGAGAGUGAGGGGGAUGAAUGGGUUUGGAUGAUGGAGAGGUGGCAUGGAGG